AAAAUUAAAAACCACAUAUUCGUGAUCAGCUCAUCAAACUCUAUCCAACGAUAUAUAAACUAAAACAAAAUAAAAUUCACUCGAUUUUUGCGUUGUUGCAUUCUUGCAUUGUUACAUGACAUUGCAUUAUACUGUAUAGUAGACUAUAAUUCAUGGAAAGCAAUAUAUGGCUUCUACUAGAUUAUAGGUUAUAGGACCUAAUUACCAUAAAAUUUAGCGUAAAAGAUUAUAUUGGGAAAAAGUAAUACGUGAGCAAACUCUAGUUUCGCAUACUUCUCAAAACACGUUUUUUAACAAACUCAUUAGUAUUCUCUCUUCUUGAAAAACUGACCACACAUACCGCAUGUAAAUAUACUCAGAUGCUUUCCAAUUCAUCAUUUUGAAUGCUUUCUUCACAGAACCAUGGCAGGUGCCUUGAAGUCCUCUUAAAAGAUCUGAAGCAUGGACCAAGAAAACAUCGAAAAAUGAUACACCAGAAAAAUAUCAGAAUAUAUGUGCAUGUAGCGUGUGAGAUAAAAGUUCCAGCCCUAAAGAAUGAAUUUCCAAAGAGUGAGAUACUAAAAGGAGUACCGGAAAACAUGAUUUAUGGGAGAAUCAUAUAUUAAAGACGUUGUCAAGGGCGGAGAAAAUCUGGUGUCUAUUUCAGUUUUCGAGAACAAGUUCUGUUAGUUAUUUCAAGUCUCUGCAGUUCUGCAUUACGAUUCUAUAAGGAGAUAAGAAUUGAGAGGUGAGUACCCUUGAGAAACACACAUAUUGACAUCUCUAUUUUAAAUAACAGUUAUAUUCUAUGCACUUUAUAAUUAAUAGGCAGAAUCAGAAGAAUUACCAUCACAGUGUAGUUUUUGAGGGUGAACUGAUAUCCGAUGUAUUUUUUCGGCAUAAUCGACAGAAAAACAAUAAUAACUAUUUUUAUAUAUCUGUCUGUAAGUUAACCCUUCAGCUAUACAGUUUAAAAGUUAGUCUACCAUUUUAGAGUGUUUUAAACCACCUAAUUGCAAGAUGGACUUCAAUGAUUGUCACUUAUUAAGUAACACUUGUUGAUAUAUAUCACGAUGUCUCUAUAAUUAAUAAUAUUCUGUUUUUAUCGUUUAAUAUCUAAUAUUCCUACCUAAAUAUGUGAAAUUAUAGUUGUAUGCAAAAGAAAAACUGAGAAAAGGCGGAAAAAAAGAAUCACGAAGAAUAGAAUAGAUACAUCCUUAUAAUAAUAAUAAUAAUAAUAAUAAUAGUAAUAAUGAUGAUAAUAAUAAUAAUAAUAAUAAUAAUAAUAAUAAUCUUUUUUGCUGAAACAAGAUUUUGUUUGUUGUACCAUGCCAUCCGUUGACAACGUGAUAAGAAAGAGGGAAAUGGGAAAAAGAUGUUUCUCUAAUAGAAACAUCUUUCCCACAUUCUCCUUUUUUUUCUCCACGUAUCUCCUAUAACACGAACAAAAUUUCCGUGUAGAUGAUUGUAUUUUCGGAAGUUUUAGAGAUGAAAAGACGAAGAGAAAAAAAAAUAAGAAAAUAACAUCACAACUAUAGAUAGUUAUACAUAACGGAUCCAUUUAUCACUAAUAGAGUGUAAAAUAGAACUAGCAAACGAAAUAGAAAAAAAUAUAUAUAUGUUAAUGGUUCUUAUACAAAUCACUUUUGUUAGUUUAACAUUUUGUGAUUAAAAAAAAUAUUAGAAAAUUUGAUUUUAGUUAGUAUAAGGUGAAAAGAAAAUUUGUAUAUAAAUUAAAUUAAAAUAUGAACAUAAUAUGACAAUAAUGAUGAUGAGUACACAUGAUGCAUUAACUGAAUAUGAAAAUAGUUAAGAUAUUUUAUUACUUAACAUGCAAUAUUUAAUUUUCAUUUUUUUAAUCUAUCUUUUUUAUUUUUUUAAUUAGGACUUAAAGAUGCAUUUUCAUUAUUUGAUCGAAUUGGAAUAGGAGCAUUUAGUCAAACUGAAUUAGGUUAUGUCAUGAAAACAAUUGGAUAUGAGCCUACAGAAUCAGAAUUACAACAAAUGAUUAAUGAAGUAGAUGAAGACGGAAAUGGUAUUAUCGAUUUCGAAGAAUUUAAACAAAUGAUGACUCGAAAUGGAGGCGGAAACUUUCAAUUCAAUGAUGAACUAUUGAAUGAAGCAUUUCGAAUUUUUGACAAAGAUGGCAAUGGUUUUAUUAGUGAAAUAGAAAUUCGAAAUGUUAUGCAAAAUUUAGGUGAAACGCUGACCGACGAUGAAGUUAAUGAUAUGAUAUGUGAAGCAGAUACAGACGGAAAUAGACAGAUCGAUUAUGCCGAAUUUACGGCAUUAGCACGGCGAUUGUUACAAUAUCAAGAUUUAUCGCCUAAAACGGUAAACGAAUCAUCUUCAGGAGCAUACGAAGGACGAGGCAUUAUUCCCUAUAUCGACGAUGAUACGGACGAUAUUGGACGUUGA